AUGAAGUUUGUUGUGCCUGAGACCCUCCGACAAGACGUGCUACACCAUUACCACGCGAGUCUAGAAGGCGGGCACCAAGGUAUAGGCCGAACGUACCAACGCGUACGACGGCAUUUCCACUGGCCGGGACUAUUCAAAAGCGUACAGCGUCAUGUCGGAGAGUGCGUCGACUGCGAGACUGGCAAAGGCAGACCGACAAUUCAAGGCGAAUCUCCUGGGAAUAUCGUAGCGACGUAUCCAUUCCAAGUGGUCGCGAUGGACCACAUACCGUCACUGCCCGCGUCACACAAAGGGAACACAGAGCUGUUAAUCUGGGUCGACCUGUUUACGGGCUUCGUCAUCACAAAAGCAAGUGCGUCACGGACUGCGCAGACGGUAGCGGAGUCGUACGAGGAGGCCGCGCAGACGGUAGCUGAGUCGUAUGAAGAGGCGGUUUUCAGACGGUUCGGGGCUGGCCAUUCGCCACGGCCGAUGUCCGAUUUCUUCAAGGCCUUCAACAAACUCAUGGGUCAACGACAACGAGCGACUCUCACGUAUCGCCCACAAGCAAACGGGGCGGCGGAGCGCAUGGUGCAGACGAUCACGAGGGCCAUCAAGAUGUACAUCGCGGACAACGACCAGCGCGACUGGGACGAGUACGCAGAACGGCUCACCUACGCCCUGAAUACCGCCCACGAUCGAACACGGGACGAAACACCGUUUUUCCUGGUGCAUGGGUGGGACCUACGGUCCACCCGGGAAGCGACGCUAGCGAUUGGUAACACCUCACAUCGAGACGUAGGAGCUAGGCGAUGGAGAAUGCGUAUACAGCGCCACUACAAAACCGCACGCGCACAAGCACUCGAGUUGACCCGCGAAGCAGUGGACACGCGGGCUACACUGCAGAACGCGCGCGCGACGGAACACGCAAUACAACGCGGAUCCCAAGUCUGGAUGUAUCUUGAUCGAGUCAAGCCCGGGUACGCGCGCAAACUUGCGCACCUGUGGCACGGCCCGUUCCGCGUCGCCGAAUUGGUGAGCGCGUACGCCGUGCGUCUGGAGACCAACGGAACCCCAUACCAAUCGUUCCCAAUCGUGCACGUCUCGAAGCUGAAGCCCGUCCGUGAAUUUCCGUCGCGACCUGAGUUGCGACUGACGGUGCCAGCGCAGAAGCGGUUUGACUUCGACGAAAAGCUCCUCCCGGAGGACAGCUGGGAGACGCACGAUGCGGACGACGAUCUGUACGAGGUCGAGCAAAUCCUAGAUGUACGCGAUGGUCGCACAACGCGUUAUGGACGAACGCGGCGCGAGUUCCAUGUGAAGUGA